CUUCUUCCCCCGUUCUGCCCCUAGCCCCCGUCCGUUCCUCAAAACCCAGCCCUUCUCAUAUCCACGGCCCCAGAUACCUCUAAUCGGACAAAAAACAACAGGACACAAGCGACGUGGAGACGCCUCUGCAAACCAUGGAAUUGGUCUCCUCUUGCGGAUCCGUGCAAAUCAAGGGCAAGGCAUGUUUUUUUCGACAACCCUCAGGUCCGUCCGUCCGUUUCUUUAUAUUUUACCAUCUAAUGGCCAGGAAUGAAGGGAAAGAAAAGGAACGGUGAUGAUAAACUAAGGGAGAAAGGCCUGAGCAUGGAUUUCUAAUCAUUGUAUUUCUAUUUUGAUGAGAGGAUCAAUGAAAAUCACCAAAGCAUGAUUUACAUUUACUCUGAUCGUUAUGUGCGUUUAAUUUUAAUUUAAUUGGUUCCGAAAUCUGGUUGCUGUUGAUUUUUUUUUUCUUUUCUUUUCUUGGGUGAUUGAUUUGUUGUUUGGGAAUUUGCUGUUGGAGGAUUUUCUGCAUGAUUUAUGUUGAAUAAACUUGAAUUUUUCGA